AUGAAGACUCUAAUACUUGUAGUAUUAAUUUGCUAUUGCGGUUCCUAAAUGUUAAGAGGGUCACCUAAGUCUUUAAUUGAAGAAGAGCAAGCAAUAUUCGAGAGUGAAUUAGAAGAUUAAAGCUUUUAUGUAGGGAGCAAUGAUGUAUCGGCAGAGACUCUCGAAGGUUAGGAGACAGUGGAAGUAGAUGCAAGUUUGGCAGUGUUUAAAAGCGACGAUAACCCCAUGGUGUACGUUGAGGAGCCAAUAGAAUCAAAUUAAGAGUAAAAUAUUGAGCAAUAAGAAUCUUUGAAAAUUGAGAAGGUUGAUGAAGAGAUCUAAGCAUAAGAAUUACCCGAAGCAACAAAUGAUUAAGCUAAUUUUGUCGAUAAAGCAAUAAUAUUGGAUCCAGAAUAAGAUCAAUAGGCAUCUCAGAAUAGCUAAACUGAUGUUGUUUUGAACAUAGCUCCCAAGACAGAGUCAUUAACUAGUUCUGAUGCUAAUAAAAAGCAUAUCUAUGUUUACAAUCCUUUGGCAAAGAAACCUUUUGUUGGUAUUAAGUACCCACCAAUGCCAGUGACAAAGGAUCGCAAUUAUUUGUCAAACUCUGAAAGUCUGACUAUCAAAUUGCCUGCAUGGUCUGAGCAAAGUAAUCACAGAGUUGAAGAUGAUUUGGAAUUCUUCCAAUUUAUUAGACCAUCUGAUGUAUCAGUUAAUGAAUAUUGAAAGAACAUUUAUUAUAUAAUUCAUUUUUUUCAAA